UCCACGAGUAAUGGAGGAGCAGCUCCGGUAGACGCCUCCUACAAGUUGUAAACAUAAAACUAGCAACACAAACAGUCGCCCGCGGGUCGGCUGCGCGGCUCCGUUCCUGCUGGGAAGCUGUAGCGGGAAUGCUGCGUCAGAAUGGGAAAUCUUUUUGGAAAGAAGAAGCAGAGCCGAGUGACGGAGCAAGACAAGGCGGUGCUGCAACUGAAGCAGCAGCGAGAUAAACUGAAGCAGUACCAGAGGAGGAUCGGCCUGCAGCUGGAGAAGGAGAGGCUGCUGGCCAAGCAGCUGCUGAGCCGCGGCCAGAGGGACAAAGCGCUCCUCCUGCUGAAGAAGAAGCGCUACCAGGAUCAACUGCUGGACAAGACGGAGAACCAGAUCGGGAACCUGGAGCGCAUGGUUCAGGACAUGGAGUUCGCCCAGAUUGAAAUCAAGGUCAUCCAAGGGUUGAAAGUGGGGAACGAAUGCCUGAAGAAGAUGCACGAGGUGAUGUCCGUGGAAGAAGUGGAGCGCAUCAUGGAUGAAACCCAGGACGCCGUGGAGUACCAGAAGCAAAUCGACGACAUGUUGGCCGGGUCGCUGUCUCAAGAGGACGAGGACGCCGUGCUCGCUGAGCUGGAGGCGCUCGCGCAGGGAGACGUCGAGCUUCCAGAGGUUCCUGGAGACCAGCUUCCUGUUGACCCCGAGGCCACAGAGAAGAAACCAGAGAGGGAACGUUCCAGGAAGAAGCCCGAGCGGGAGAUGCUCGCCGCCUAAAGAACCGUGGACCGACCUCCACGAGUCCCUCCUCCACCUGGAGAACCCUCCAUCACGCGCUCUCAGUCCUCGGCUGCUCGUCUCCAGGCGUAGGACUCGGCUGUGUGGCUUCCCUCUCGUAUCGCUCCACCUCCUCCACCUCCUCCCCCCUCAGCUCCCCCGUCACUCCUCUCCGUCCUCCACUGAGUCUCAGAGGAGUUGAGGAAGCAGCUGCUUCUCUUUGAUGUCCUGGACGCUUUUUAUCUGGACCUCCACCUCUCUAAGAGAUUUCUACGUCACCCUCUGGUCUGAGGACGUCCCCCAUGAAGAACCUUGUUCUUGCUUUUUAAUAAUAAUAAAAACACUUUAAGAAUGA